GGAGGUGGAAGCGUCAGUUGUAGCUGAUCGACCGUUUGUGUUCUUCAUUUUAGGAGGACCUAGGAAUGCUAGGGAAUUCUUUAUGGGAGAACGCAUGAUGUUUUGGGUUACCUUAGCAAUCUCGGAGUUCUAUCAGAGUUGCUGCAAUCUUAGUGUUUAGUUGGAAUAUUAUGGCUAAGAAUGUACAUUCUUUAUUAAGACAUCCUCGAAUAGUGUUUUGCUUUCCAACUUAAGAGAUUGGAUGAUUCUGUCCUGUUGUGCAGACUGUGAUUAAGGGAUAUGUCCUCUCUUUCUGGUGUUGCUUGAAUAUCCCACAAGGCAGCUAGCAUCAACUGGAGAUGUGCUUAAGAGUAUAAUACUCAUCAAGUUUUAGACUAAGUGUUAAUCUAUUGUAAAGCAUUCGUUUGGACAGCUUCAGGUUUGAAGCAAACAUAAAAUAUGUCGCUGCCUGAAAAACAGGAGUCUGUGAUGAAUCACAUGGGUUGGAAUUUCAGCAACUCUUUAGUAAAUAUGCCUAUUAAGAAAAGGAGGGUGCCUUUGAUGAUGACAGCUGCCCCAUCUGCUGCGGGAGUUUCAGAUCAAGCUCAUGUGCAAGAACGGAAACAGGAGUCACAGUUCAGGUCAACAUCAGGCAUAGUGGAGCAUAAAAGAGUUUCAGAGCCUGGAGUUAGCAAUGAGGGCAACUCUGUCAUGGAGAUAACUGGCCCUUCUGUGGAAAAGGGGGCAUCAGAGGUUGUAAAUGACAUUGAAACAAGUGGAACCGGAUGUGUUUUGGUUGAUACCAAAUGUGCACCAAAUCAAGCAGAUGUUGUCGGAGAAAGGAGCUUAUCAGAGAAUAAUAGUAAUAUGGUUCAGGAAACCGUAGAUCAUGAAUCAAGGUCCAAGCUUGAUCUUGUCUCUGAGAAGGCUAGCAUUGCUGGUUCUUCUGCAGUUUCUGCUGGGAUCUUUAGAUCCAUGGACUUGAGCAGUGACCUUAAUAAUAGAGAAGAAAGCACCAAAGCUAAAGAUGAUUUCCACUGUAUUCCAGGUCAAAGAAGUCAGCACGUUCUUGCAGAAGAUGCUGAAAUGGAAGGUAGUGAAGACCUAUCUUGCAUACAAUCAAGGGAAAGUAGGUUCCACUGGGAUUUGAAUACUUCUAUGGAAACAUGGGAUGAACCCUCUACCGUCACAGGCUGUAACCCUAGAUCUGACAUAAGUAAUCAGGUGGGGAACAGUGGAACGUUUGAAACUGAGCAAUCAAAUAACAAAAAUUAUGAGGUUGAGGAAAUUUUCGAGAAAACAGAAGUUCAUUCAAUGUCUUUGAAUCAAAUGGUUAAAGGAUCAGAGUACUCUUCUGGAUAUGGUGAUGAUGUGAAGAGAUCGGAGGCGCCUUUUGCUUCUGAUGAUCUUGCUUCCAGCCAGGGUUUAGGUUGUCAUUCAGAUGAAGACAAAGCUGUUGCAGAUGAUAUGCAUAAGAUUGCUACUGAUGCAGUUGUGCAUGUAACUCAGGCUGACAAUCUUCUGGACCUUAAUAAGGAAAAGGUAUCUGCCAAUGAAAACAUCAAUGCUGAUUAUUCUAGUUGCCCUGCCACUAUGGGAAAUCCAUCAUCUGCCUGUACAAUGAGUUCUGAUCAGGUUGGGGAUUUUCUGGGUUCAGGCAACUGUUCACAGAAAUCAGGAAUUACUCAAACAUGUCAGUCUGAAGGAUUUAAAUAUUCGACAAGUAUUAAAAAAAAGGAAGCGGCUUUUCUUUGUGCAGAAGCUCAUUCUCAUAAUUCAUCUAGUGAGCCAAGCCAGAAUAUUGAGUCUUCUGGUGGCAAAAACAUGGUAUUGCAAUCAAAGUUAUUAGUGACUGCAGACUGCAAAAUAGGUGUGUCGUCUACCAGUGUUCCUACCAGCUGUGCAAAUGGUGUUCCUAUAAUGAUUUCAUCUGAUGAGGCUCCCAAGACCCUCUCCUAUCCUUUAGCACAUCCAGCUAUGUCUGUUGAUAGUGCACCUAUGUCUUAUGAGGAUGAGAAGAUUAAUAUUUCUGAAGGUAUUCUUGAUGAAGAUCCCUAUGACAGUGAAUACGAGUCAGAUGGUUGUCAUGCUGCUGGUAGUGGUACGCAACAUCUGUCUGAACGGCAAGAUGAAGACGACUCUCCCUAUGAGGAAGGUGAGCUCAGGGAAACAAUCAGAGUGCCAGAGGAUGAAGAACAUGAAAAGAACAUCGAUAAGAAGUUUUGUUCUUCUGCAUCUGUAGAUGAGAAUGGUCCUUUUUGCACAACAGAGGAGAAAGGCGACUGCAGGAUUGUUGUCUCUGCUGGAAAGGAGGAUAAUCAUCAUGGCAGUGAUGUGGGCAAUGUAGUCCACGAAAAGGGGAAUGAUCCUGCUAUCCUUCCGGAGUCACAUGUGCAGGCAUCUAUAGUGAACAAAGAAUCAGUUACAAGCUUUGCCAUCCUUGGUUCUACCGAGGCUGGUAAAGUAAUGUCAGAGGAUCAUGCAUUGAAAGAUUGCUGUCUCGGCGAGCAGGUAGUAGAGACAAAGUCUGAUCAAGCACAUAGUGCAAGUCUGGAGACUGUGACGGAGGAUGGUCAAGUUGGGACCUCUGUGCAGCUGAAGACUGUCAGGCAUUGUAGCUCAGCAGAAGCAACUAAAUCAGAUUGUUCAACAAUGAAAUCCCCUGUGAGGGACGAAGUCCUCAAGGAACCUAGAAGAAGUGAAGAAGUCAGUACACAUCCUGCUGGCAAGACUAGUAAAAGCCGUAUCAUUAGUCUAGGUCGGCCUUCAGAUGGAUCAUCAAGGGAUAAAAGGGGGUCCAUUUCUAAUGCCACACCUACCCGAAUUAAAAUGGAAAAGUGUAUUGAUAGUUUAUCCAGUAAAGAUAAAGUACUUGUUCAAGGGAACAGAGAUGAGAUGAACAGAGACUCGAGCUCAAAAUUUAAAAAAGACAGAAACAAGGAGAGGACAUUUGCGGGUACAGUAUCUGACAGCCCACGCUUAAGAGGGAGAGUUGUUCAUCCUGAUGAUACAAGUGGCAGCUGGGAUUCAGAUCAACAAUACACAGCUGAGCGUCAAAAUGGUAUAACAGGCUUUAGAACCAUGGGAUCAAAAAACGCUGCCAUAGCUGCAGCAGCUAAGCUUGAAAGUGAUGGCUUCAUUGUCGCGCCUGAUGGAACCAUUGUAACAGAGCGGACAGGGGCAAGAGUAAGAUCUGAGGCUAAGGCCGUUAAUAUCUCAUCACAGAGUUUCCAUAUGCGACAACAAAGAAGAUUAACAGCAGCAAGGGAAGGUGAGAUGCCAUUUGACAUGCAAAUGGCUCGUCGUUCCGACAGGUGUAGGAAUCCAGAUGCAGAAUUUCAUGAAUUUGGCAGCGAGUUGGUUGUUCCAAGACGUGGAGCAAGGUUUCUCGAAGGCGUGCCCAAGGAUACACAUGGCCAGGCUUUCUCCCGUCUUCACUAUGCUUCAGCUGAUGACAGGCCCCUUCGUAGGGGAGAGCGGAGCUUUUCGCCUGUUGGAAGAAUGGGUUCAUACAAUCCUGGUAGAAGGUCUCCACGUAGAUUAAGGACACGUUCUCCUCAGUUGUGGCUGUCGCCCAGAAGGCGGUCUUCUGAGAGGUCUGAUGGAUGUCAUUCUCCUGUUCGUUGUCGAUCACCACCACCUUUUAAGUUCGGACAUGGUUUUGAAAGACGAAGGUCACCUUGCCAGGGCAGUUCUUUCCCACAUGAUAUGAUGGACAUGUGUGCAUCAACUAGAAUGUAUAGAUCCUCCAUACCAAGACGGCAUGAAGAAAUAAGAGACAUGGCUCCCAUGGAUCGUAACAGAGUCUUCAUUCCUGAUAGGGUUCCAUCUGGAAGGUUGUCACCAAGGAACAUGCGCAGGUUUGCUCGAGUGGAUUCACCUGAGAGGAUGGACAUUGAGAAGAACUGCAGGCGUUUGCUUCCUGGGCGUUUUAGAGAGUUUGCUAAUGAUGCCAGAGAAACAGGUUACAGAAGGUUUUCUGAUGAGGGAGUAAACUUUGUUGAGAAGCGUGGACCUGUGCGUGCUGUUAGGCACUUCGAUGUUGAGGAUGUUGAAAGGGUCGGUGUUCUUGAGGAUGAUUACGACAGCUCUUACGAUGCCAUUCGGUCUGAGGUGAAUGUCGACUUUCACAGAAGCAGCUCGAGGGAUUUUGGCAGGGGCAUAAAGAGCCGGUUGGGUACGUCCCCGAGGAAAGAGAAAUUCAGGGAGGACAGAGACGAUGGCCCUGAGUAUUCAAGACGAUGCUGGCGCCAUGAUGCAGCCGGUGUUUGUCAUGAUGAUGUUAUCAUGUCUAAGCGGAGAAGAUUCGAUGGGUAAUGCCCAGUGGAUAUCCCUGAUUCUUGGUGCUAUCUAUGCAAGCAGAAAGCUACUUGAUCUGAACUAGGUGAAGUGUUUUUCUGUGCAACAGUCUGUGAUAUGGGGCUUUGGUCUAAAGCUGCUUGCCCUCUACAAGAGCGAGGUCUCCCCCUCAUGGAUGGAAGUAUGUGCCCUUGUUCUAUCUAUCUGCUUCUUGAACUGCAUCCUCGUGAACAGAUGGUAAAUAACAUGAAAUGGGUAAACUCGUUCAUUCUCAGGUCGUUUUCUUGCUCACUUGGCUGCACCAAGAUGGAAUGGUGGCUGGAAUGGGCUUGCACACCAUAUGAGGAAAUGUUUUGAGCACUCCCGUGUUCGUGUUCUGGAUUGCUUGCUGAACGAUCGUUAAGUGAGGGAUAUGGAUGAAAUGGAGUUGGAGAGCCACCUUUGAGGUCCAUCACCAAAACUAAUCUUGAAACUAAAACAGAGAUAAAAGCCUUGAAAGUUUAGGUGCUGAAGUUAGACUACCAGAACGGUUUUCUCAGUAUUGGCGACUGCGGUUCUGGUGCUGAUCAUGUUGGACAAUGGAUUUGAAACUGAUGUGUUUUUUUGGAUACUGUGCAAAUAUUUUUCCUUCAUUUCUGAGAAGGAAAUGUACCCAGAUAAGAUUAUUUUAUCUGAAACAGUCUGGGGAGGGAAAACACUCAGAUGAGAUUUUUUUUUAUCUCAAGCAAGUUCAGCAGCCAUGUGAGGCUUGAGAAACUUUUGCAGAAGAAAACGACCGCAGAGUGGGCUACUUUUCUCACGUGAAUCCUCCCAUUUUUGAAUCUUUGGGACCACGCCUCUUUAUAGGGGAAUCUGCGCAUGGAGACAGUCAAGUCCAACCUCUUUUGUCGUGCAUCUUUAUGUUUGCUUCAGGCGAGGCCAUCUCUGGAACUAGAUGAAUUUGGGGCGAUGCGUUAUUUUGCAGAAAUUGUUUACUUAGAUGUUUGACUUCGAUAUUUUCGACAGUACGAAGUCCCCAGAGGCCAAGCAGAGAACUGACGCUUAGAGUCUCGUUAUUCUGGCAGAAGGGUUCGUGGGAUCGAAUAUCCCUUCAGCGCAUUCUAAAAAGUUUAACUUAAAUGUGUAAAUGAGAUCCAAGAUCCAUAAGCAAAUAUGCAUUUUCUAGGGGUGCUAAGAGGUUUGCAUUUCCUGGUAUGUUCUCCAAAUGGUGAUUUGAGGGGCCUGUUUGUCAACAGAUGAGGACAACAAUGGUGAGGGAAAUUGUUAAAAUUUGGACAUGGUCAGUCGUUGAAGUACAUUUUACGAGCUCUACUCUGGUUUUCAUGUUUGUUGGUCCACUGUGCCUGCAACUUGGCUUUAAGCUUUUCAAACUGAACAUGGACGGUUGGUAAACUAUGGAUGCUAAUAAGCCUUUUAAGAUGGAUUUUGGAGGGUGCAGUGUACUAAAGAUUUUACAAUCAUGAAAAGCGAUUGUUGAA